AUGGCCAAUUCAGCUGCCCCGGCCAUUGUCAUGGACAAGUACGUUGGUACUGGUCUUACCAAGCUAGGUUUUGCCGGUAACGACUCACCAUCUUUUAUCUUUCCAACCGUCAUUGCAACCCGCCAAACUUCCAGCAGCACUCGCGGACAGGCCGGCGGGCCCGGAAGUUCUCUCUCGCAAAAGCGUGGAACCGAAGAUCUCGACUUUUUCAUUGGUAACGAGGCUUUGGAAGCCGCUUCUGGUCCUAACUAUGGCCUCAAUUACCCUAUCCGCCAUGGUCAGGUCGAAAAUUGGGACCAUAUGGAACGCUUCUGGGAAAACUCCAUCUUCAAAUACCUGCGCUGUGAACCUGAAGACCAUUACUUUCUUCUAACAGAACCUCCAUUGAAUCCACCCGAGAAUCGUGAAAAUACUGCUGAAAUCAUGUUUGAAUCCUUCAACUGCGCCGGUCUCUACAUUGCCGUCCAGGCCGUGUUGGCCCUUGCUGCAUCUUGGACCUCAUCCAAGGUCGUUGACCGCACUCUUACCGGUACUGUUAUCGACUCGGGUGACGGUGUCACUCACGUUAUCCCCGUUGCUGAGGGUUACGUCAUUGGGUCCGCCAUCAAAAACAUCCCCAUUGCUGGCCGUGACAUCACCUACUUUAUCCAGAGUCUGCUGCGUGACCGUAAUGAGCGUGACACCAGUUUGAAGACCGCUGAGAAAUUAAAGGAAGAGUACUGCUACGUUUCGCCUGAUAUUGUCAAGGAGUUUUCGCGCUUUGACAAUGAACCCGAGCGUUUCCAAAAGUACAUUGUCGACCAGGGGCUUGCCGGCAAAGUGACGGUCGACGUGGGCUAUGAGCGCUUCCUCGCCCCGGAGAUUUUCUUCAACCCGGAAAUUUAUUCCUCCGAUUACCUCACUCCGCUCCCCAACGUCGUUGAUGCUGUUGUUCAAGCUUCCCCCAUUGACGUCCGUCGUGGCCUUUACAAGAACAUUGUCUUGUCCGGUGGUUCCACCAUGUUUAGAGAUUUUGGUCGCCGUCUCCAGCGCGAUAUCCGCACCUUGGUUAACGACCGCAUUGCCCGUUCCGAGCGCCUCAGUGGUGCCAAGUCCGGUGGUCUUGAUGUCAAUGUUAUCUCCCACAAGAAGCAGCGCAAUGCCGUGUGGUUUGGUGGCUCUCUUCUUGCCGGCACUGCCGAGUUUAGAAACAUUUGCUACACCAAGGCCGACUACGAUGAGUUGGGUCCUGGUAUCGUCAGACAGUUUUCUCUCUUCAACGUGCCAUGA